AUGUUAGUACAGAAAGGGGAAAACAUGGAUAUUGAUGAGUUUACAAUUGAGCGUACACUGGUCCUCUGUAGCCUCAGUGCGUGGACAUUGGUUAAGUGGAAUGUGUUUUUAGAAAGACACUCCACUUUGAAAUUCCCGCUUUUCAAUGUUAAAGUUUGUUCUUUUUCUCAUAGGAUAAAUCUUGAAAGGCGGUUUAUCCAGUAUGCCAGCAGAGCAUAUCUUGGGAUUCGUAAAUCCCUCAUCUUCGAAUUUGGUGGUAAAAAGUCCUCGGAACUAUUCCGCCUCAUUCAAGAGAUCAUCAGGAGAGAUGACGCAGCAGACGAAGACAAAGAUUUUACCGAUGCAGACAGGUUGAUGAGGCAGUUGUCCAGCAACACAAGCGAUGAUGAGUUUGACUUGGGAGUUGUGGAGGAGAUGAUGACGUCAUCUCUCAGUAAACUCCUCAAACAGCAUCUGGAGGGUCUGAAACAGCUAAAAGCCAUGGUCAAGAGAUACGCCACACCGGCACCUGAGCUUGAAACAUUGGAGGAGGUGUCUCUCGGGCGUGGGAAAAAGAAGAUCAAGAUGAACAAAGGGGUCUGGCGAUUGGCAAAACUGUACCGUGCCAUGAAUCACCAAAUCCUGACCAUGGCCUGUCUGGACCUGAAACUGGCAAAGGAAAUUUCCAUAAACAGAAAAGUGAAAAACUUGAUCCGAAGGACAGUAGAGAGCACCUGCGGUUUGAUCAAACAUUUUUGGAGUCCGAGCGCCACCAUCACGGAAGCAACUGAAGUAAAAGUCGAGGACAAAUGCAAGGAGGAGACAAGCAACGGUGAUAAAGGGAAGAAGUCUGGCUUGAGGAAAAUGAUUUGCAAGAAAGUCUUCCGACCAUCAAACAAAGUGGGUAUCAUGGAUGACGAGAGGGGACUGCUUCAGGAUAGCAGGGUCCAUGAUGCACCUCAAAACGUACCGGUAGAGAAGACUCUCUCUCCUGACAUCAUUAGAACCCCGUCCCUCACCCUAUUAGAAUACUGCAGUAGCCCAGAUACCAUGUCCCUCAUGAGUGAGGACACCAUGGCCACCCAGGUUCACCCGGACAAGGACAAGCCCGCAGCCACCAGCGAGAGGGAUACCCCUAUAAAAGACCGGUACAAUGUGUAUGUCAGGGUUAUCCAAAAGUACAAGAGUGAACAGAAGGGACAUCUGAAUCUCAAAGUUGGCCAAAUCCUGAAACAGAAGGCACCAGUUAACAAGGAUGGUCUUGCCUUUGGCUGGAAGCGUGCCAACAAGAUGGCCCCCAAACAUUAUGGGUAUUAUCCUGAAUCCUGCGUGGAAGUGAUGACAAGCUGGAAGUAAUGGCAAGCUGGAAGUGAUGGCAAGCUGGAUGACAGGCUGGAAGUGAGUCCCCUAUUACACAUAUGAAGUCAAAUGUACAUAAUGAAGAAAUUCGAAAUUCAAAAUUCUAGGGCUUAAUUACUGAUUACUUAAUUAUCUUCAGAGUUAUACUAAAGACCUGAUGGGGUGCUGGUAUCCCCAGUUUUGUGGCCGCGACAGACGUUUAAAAACUUCAGGCAUUUUUAAGCUUUUGUAAAUUUUAAUUGAAUAAAGAUAAAGAUCUGAAGUUAUUGACAUUAAUUUACAGGUAGGUUUAGUACAGAUCAGUAUAAAAAAUAUCUUUAUCUGUUAUAUUAUUUUAUCCUGUACGGCAAGGGUCAAAACUGACCAUUUUACACUGGCAAAGUUAUAAAAUGCCGUCUCGAAUUUCACCACUCGUGGCACAGAUUACAUGCCUGCUACUUACCUGCAAUGGUGGUUCUGUCUAGAGACAUUCCAUAUCUUGUGCUGAAUU